AAGACGGCGAGCCCCACGUGGCCCAGAGACUGUGGCCCAUUUGAUGAGCUUGUACCGGUGCUUAGAGCAGUGCGUGACACAUAGAGCUUAACGGACACCAUCAUCGUCACUAUCACCGUAGCAUUUUCCCAAGCACUUAGUCCAGUGAACUCCGCUCAAUAGAUACCGUUGAUCGGCCGGUAGAAAAUCAAUCCGAAUAGACAUUUUGGGGCUCCCGCCUUUCGCCGUUCAGGGGAGCGGUUGAGGCGUCGGUGAGGCAUUGUGAUGUCGUGAGGGCUUUAGGGAAACGGCAUAAUAGGGUCACUAUAAGGUCAGCGACUUUCCAGUUCAUUUGCCAGUUCCGGAUCAUCCUCCCCGCCGGCUCCCGGAAUCAAAUCUCACCUCCUCCCAACUAUGGACUUUUAAGAUCGGAAGCGGAGCGAACGGAGGGACGGGCAGGGAGGCAGAGGGGUGGCGGGGGCCCCAGAGGGACGCCGACGAGACGGGUUUUCCACGUGGAAAGGCUCGCUCCGCUCCCAGUUUCCAUCGGAAACCGGCAGUCCCCAUGGAUGUCAGUGGGGAGAAACGGGCCAGCCUCGUCUCCGAGAGCGACGAUUUCAAGAGGGCCCUGACGGAGUUUGAGAAGUUGGUGGAGGCUACCGUGGUGCAGAAGAAAGAGGAAAGGCUAGGCCUGCUGAUCAAAAACGAAGAUAUCAUCGAUUAUGAUAAGUUCUACCAGACGGUGAGAGCUCUGUUUGGUCCCGAAGUGAAGAGCCAGGAUGUGAAAGCCUUCUACAGGAAAAUCUCCAAUAACCCCGAAGCUCCGAUCGAUUGGUGCGAGAUCUUUGGAUAUUUUCUUCAGGAAGGUGACAGCCUUACUUCCCAGCUCGACGAAGAAAACUUUAUUUUCCUUGUUUCCCGGAAACAGAGGGUGGUGAUUUCAGGUGGCAGGAGGCGGGACGUGAUCAAGAGCAUCGUUAAGGUGCCUCAGUUGGACUUCCUCAUAACGGCCUCUCAGAAAGGGUCACUCAUGGUGUUUAACAGCCAGAUGAGGGUUCAGGCCUCCACCAACAUCACGGAUACUUCCUGGAUUACUGGAUGCGAUUACCUCCCUCAGCUCAAAAGGAUCGUGGCCGUCACCGAGAGGACCAUCGUCAUCUGGGAUUACAAAGCCCAAGGAAACAGUCAGGAUAAUUAUUUCAUCAUCAAGCCGAUGGACCACUGUCUCCUCUGCGUCUGCGUGGUGCCCGGGACCGACCAGCUCUGCCGGGAUGACAUCCUGAUGGGGGACGAUGGCGGGUUUGUCAACCGCUUCGCUCUGAACAGCGACGACUUCGGACUCAAGCAGUCGAAAACCAAAAAGAAAUUGCAGUCGCAGGUCCUGGACGCCAAGAGCUUCAAGAAUAUUAGGAGAAAAUUACACAAUGACUGGGUUAUGAAAAUCAAAUACCUCCCAGCCCUGAAUUGUUUUGGAUCCUGCUCCUUGGACAGUAUUCAUUCGCUGGUUUUGGACAACUUGCAGAAACUCGAAGACAACCUGCCGGUCAGGGAGUUUUCUAUUCCCCGAGGAGCCAACAGCUUCACCUACUGCGGAAAAGCCAACGUCAUCGUCACCGGAGGCGACGACAAAGUGCUCAGGCUAUGGCAUCCCAAUAUCAGCACCAAGCCAGUGGGCAAACUCAUGGGCCACAUGUUCAGCAUCACCGAAAUCGUCACCAAUGAGAAAGACCAGCACGUCAUCAGCCUGUCCACCGCCAAGGUGUUUCGAGUGUGGGACAUCCAGACGCUUACGCUGCUACAGGUUUUCCACGACAGCCAGGGAGGACCAGGAGACAUGCAGAUAUACGCGAUGAUAUUCGACUUGAUUCACGGCAUGCUCGUUACGGGAUCGUGCGUCAUUGAUAUGUAUCCUUUAACUCGCAUGAUCCAGGACACCAAACAAGUGCCACAUACUCAUGACAGAGACAUCAAUGUCAUGAUUUAUAACCGGGCUUUUCACCAGGUGCUCACUAUCUGCUCUGAAUCGAUCAUAAAGGUGUGGGAACUCGAGACGGGCCACCAAAUAUAUCAGAUUUUAGACGCUCACGGGGCCAAUAUCGAGGUGACCUCGGCUGCCAUUGACAGAAGCGGAUUCCAUCUGGCUACCGGCGCGUGCAACGGAACCUUGAAGAUCUGGGAUUUUGGAAGUGGGCAGGAAAUUAAGAUGCUGCCCCUAGGAAAAGAUUGGAAAGAGGAUGAACACUGGCUUCGCCACCUGAUCUUCCUAAGGGCUCGAGAAAAACAUCAGUUCCAGGUCCUUGCCUUGGAGCACAGUGGGAAGAUCAAAGUCGUCCAGGGGAAGGAAGAGGACGCCUGCCUCAUCGUGCUGUGGGAGCUGCCGGACGCCAUCCCUGUUAUCAUCCAAGGGAAUCCCGUCAUUCCCCUGAUGAUGACGGCCAAUCCCAAAGGAGGGGUCGGGCCUUUCCCGGACGUCGAACUGAUGCCGGAGAACGAAUACGUUGACCUCAUCCAACCGGAGGAUUCCGCAGUGCGGAUGGAAGUGAACUGCUUCGACGUGCUGCAGGUGGAAGGCUACAACUUGAUAGCGGCGGCGACGGUGAACGGAAUCAUAAUCCUGUGGGACUUCGUCACGGCCACGGUUAGAGAGCUAUACAGACCUGACGACGCCCUGGUGAACAAUCCCGAUUUAGACCCUAAACGCUACAGAGUCAACGCGCUGAUGAUACUUUACCGCAGCACAGACUACAUAAGAAAACCCAGCUCGGCGUCGAUGACCUCCUUGUCUCAGAGCGGGUCCACCCGAGCGGCAGAGAGUAGCAUCGGGAGCCUGGAAAAGGAAAGCAAAAAGAGCAUACCAGAAAGUGAGACUUCCGGCCAUCCUGCUUUCCCCCUGGAAGAGCAAGAUCACCCAGACUCCAGAGAAGAGACGUAUUCGGUGGGGAGGAAAAGAACGCACGACAGGUUGAACCAAAGCCGCGAGUCUCCCGACGUGCCUCCCCUCGUGCUGGCCACCGCCCACGAGGACGGGCACCUCCGCCUUUGGAACAUCAAGUAUGUCACCCCGGGACAUCACCCCUCGAGGUCGCUCAAAGAGUCGAAGAGGACGACGGCGCUGGGUGAACUGCUCAAAGACAUGUUACCUUUCACCAAGCAUUCGGCCAUUCCCCUGACGACGCUGGCCACGGACCUCUACGCUAAGGUGCUGCUGGCUGGAAAUAAAGAAGGACACAUCAUUCGGUGGAGCAUCGGUUCCUUCCUGGCCCAGCCCCACGAUGAAAAGCAAUUCAAGCAGAUUCUUUGCUGGCGAAGUCACUCGCUGAAAGUUGUCAGCCUGUUCUACGAAGAGGAGAAAAACGUGGUCGUGACCGCGUCUCUUGAUGGUUCCGUAAGACUUUGGCACGCCCAUAACGGGCAUUACUGUGGCUACCUGGGGCAGCGCAGGGUACUUGAGCUGACAGAGCCAGGCGACUUCAUUUUGCCCUGUGACAUCAACGAAUAUCCCGUGGAAAUCAAAGAAGAGAACAAGUACAUGAUGGAGAAGAAACAGAAAUACGAAUAUCCUCUCGUCUUCGACCGAAGAAAGUGGAAGAAGUUGAGUCCGGUGACCGAACUCUCCAAAAAGUCAGGUUCCAAGGCAGUUGACGGGGACCAUCAGUACAAGUUUUUCCAGGCUCUGUCCUCCCCCAAGAUCAGAACGCACGUUUUGGAAAGCUCCAAGAGCGGGAACAAAGAAGCUGGCAUCAUAUUUGGCUUUCUGCCCGUCUAUAGGAUCCAGAGUCCCGUUAGCCUGAGGCACCUGCCCCUGAUCGGAGCCAACACGCAGAAAGACUCCAGCGAGAACUUGCAAGGGAAGAAGAAGGGACCCCGCUUCCCGAACCUGCCGCGCAGCGUUAUGGGGAUCCAAGGUUUGCUCCAGUUUCUGAAAGAUGCUUCGGAGCCCAUCCACGUGAGGAAGUACAGGGGGCAGGUGGUAGCCGUGGACACGUACUGCUGGCUUCACAAAGGAGCCUUCGCUUGCGCCGAGAAGCUCGCGAAGGGCGAGCCUACCGAUCAGUACGUCACGUUCUGUAUGAAAUUCGUCAACAUGCUCCUCUCCCACGGAAUCAAGCCGAUCCUCGUGUUUGACGGCUGUACCUUACCGUCCAAGAAGGAAGUGGAAAAGGCCCGGAGAGAGAGGAGGCAAGCAAACUUUCUGAAGGGGAAACAGUUCCUUCGCGAGGGGAAGGUCUCCGAAGCCAGAGAAUGUUUCAACCGCUGCGUCAACAUUACCCACGCGAUGGCACACCAAGUGAUUAAAGCGGCCCGAUCGCAGGGGGUGGACUGCAUCGUUGCUCCGUACGAAGCAGACGCGCAGCUGGCCUACCUCAACAAGACAGGGAUCGUUCACGCCAUCAUCACCGAGGAUUCGGAUCUCCUGGCGUUUGGGUGCAAAAAGGUGAUUUUGAAAAUGGACAAACUGGGGAACGCCCUGGAAAUCGACCAGGCCCGGCUGGGGAUGUGCCGGCAGCUGGGGGACGUGUUCACCGAAGAGAAGUUCCGCUAUAUGUGCAUCCUGUCCGGCUGCGACUACCUGCCGUCCCUGCACGGGAUCGGCCUGGCCAAGGCCUGCCGACUGCUGCGCACGGCCAACAACCCCGACGUCGUUAAGGUCAUCAAGAAGAUGGGCCACUACCUCAAGAUGAACAUAACGGUGCCGGAAGACUACGUCGAGGGCUUCGUUCGCGCUAACAACACCUUUCUCUAUCAGCUGGUGUUCGAUCCCGUGCGAAGGAAACUCGUGCCCCUGAACGCUUACGAGGACGACGUGGAUCCGGGAACUCUGAGCUACGCGGGGCCACACGUCGGAGAUUCUACCGCUUUCCAGAUCGCCCUCGGGAACAAAGAUAUCAACACGAUGGAACAGAUCGAUGACUACAGUCCGGACGCUGCGCCGCCCUGCCAGCCAAGGAGUCGUGGCUGGAAUGACCCAGCGGCGCUUGAGAGAACUUCCAGCUCCAGUAGCAUCUGGAGCAAGAACUACCUUUCCACCCCCGAAGCAGCUGCAGCGCCGGGCCCCCCACCCCCUUCGAAGAAACCCUCCACCGCGGGCGUGAAAAGAAUAAUCAGUACGAAGGCGUUAAAUCUCCCCAGCAAGCCGCUCUUUGUCAAAAGGCCAAGAGGAGAGGAGCUAUCGGAAGACGACCUGCUGAGACAGUACUCCUUUUCCAACACUAAGAAAGCGAAGGAAGAUCCCGGCCCCGAAGGCCGUGGGCCCCGGAAGGCUUCGGCUCCGGAAGACCCCCGCGGUCAAGAAACCCCCGGCAUCCAGCAGAGGCUGAGGAACAAAUUCGCCUCCUUCCUGCAGAGGAAGAACCAAGCCGACGGGGCGGUCGUCGUUCCCGGGACCAGAAGCAGGUUCUUCUGCGGUCCCGCAAACGCCGCCGCCGGCCCGGCGCCCGACGGGGCCGGUCAGCCCCCGAGGGAGGCCGUCCCCGACGGAGGGGCGAGGACGGACCCGGCCGAGGCGGAGGCCUCCCCGGAGGGAGACCGAACCGAAGGGUCCGGCGAGGAGGAAGACCGCGACGACGUCGGGGACGCCCCCCGGGCCCCUGACCCCGAGGAGCGCAGCCCGGCCCCGGCCCCCGCCGGUUUCGACCCGUCCCCGUCCCCGUCCCCCGACCCCACCCAUCUCAGCCCAAACCUGUCCCCCCUGGGGAGGCCGAGAAGCUGCUUCGGCUGGUCUGGGAACCUUCGCGAUUUCUCGAGGACCCCGAGCCCCUCUUCGGACGGGUUCUUCCGGCAGUUUCUCAGGAAGAGCGACUCCCUGUCGCCCCUCCCUCGGGACCCCGGCCGGUCUCGUUUCACCCAAGUGAGCGACAAGGCGGAGUCCGGGAGGGGAGACGCGGACCGUCCCCCGCCCGCUGCCGCGGAGCGCCUCUCUCCGGGGUCCCGGAACAGCUCAGCUGCCUCGCUGAGCCCUCCGCUGCCCGGUGAAGAUUCGCCUUCAGAGGAAUCUGACUGCCGGGUCAGGGAGUCCGGGAACUGGAGCAGGCGGAGCUCUGGGCUGCACCUGGCCCCGUUGGCCAGGAGGAAUGGCUCCACCGUGAGAAACCAGGUUCCCGGGAUUCUGAAGUCCAAGUCGGCGGGGUCGAUUUGCGCGGCCGGGAACCGCCCCCUGGGGCAGGCCAAAGUCGGCGGGCCGCGGAAGCGACCGGCAGCGGGGCCGAAGGGCUUCGGCCACGACGUCGAGAACGAGCCGGGCCUGCAGGUCAAAAUCAGCCAACUCUGGAAAAACUUCGAGUUUAAAAAGGAUUCCGAAAAGCUCCCAUCCUGCCGGAAGUCGGACCCGCUGUCCCCCUUCAAAGACAACAUCCGGCUGACUCCGGAAACGGAGGAGGAGGUAUUCAACAAGGCCGAGUGUAGCCGCGUGCAGAGGGCGAUAUUCUAGGGCCGGCCGCCCCGCUUCCUGGGCGACGACGUCGCCCCGGCCUCCCCUCGACAUCCAGCGCCGGCGGGGAACGUUAAAGACGUACCCGCGCCUCGGACGUGGGGCCCGAUCGGCUUCGUUGGGCUUUGGGGAGGAGGCGGCCUCCGCCGGAGCCGGCGGGUCCUCUGCGCUCUCCGCUUCCCGGGUCCCUCCCCAGCACGGAUCUUCACCCCCCCUCCCCGAGACGCUGCCUGCCCGAUCCAAUGAAUUAAACCGUCCCUCUCCGGCC